AUGGGAGUGAGAGAUCGAAUGUCGUCGACCGCUCGCAAGUCCACAGAAGAAUACGAUGAUGAAGGUGCGAUGAAGGUGGAUACUUCCUCAAGCGUGAAGAAUGACAACAUGACUUCAGAAAUGACCGUAAAAGAUAUAUCUGUGCUUAUCUCAGAAGAGAGCAACGCGACAUUAUUCGACUCCAAAAGCAGUGCAAAGCUGGGCGGAGAACAUCACAGCAAUGAAAAGGAGAAGCUAGAGGAAGGUUAG